UUUUUUUAUCCUUCUUCAUCCUUUUGUCUAUUAAUAUUAUCUUUUAACAUUCACCUUCAUGACAACUAAUCAAGCCGACUUCAAUGUUCCAAUUCCCGAAGAUCAUUCUGAUCCAAUGCAACUCCAAGUGUGCACAGAGGAAGACUUUGAUUACUCGCAAAGGGGACAGUGGCUUCGUGCAGCUCUCUUGGGAGCUAACGACGGAUUAGUUUCUGUGUCGUCUCUGAUGAUGGGUGUUGGAGCUGUGAAACAUGACCCGAAAGCCAUGAUUCUAUCAGGUUUCGUGGGUUUAGUUGCGGGUGCAUGCAGUAUGGCAAUAGGAGAAUUCGUUUCUGUUUACUCUCAGCUAGAUGUAGAAGUUGCUCAAAAGAAGAGAGAGCAUAGAACGAUGGGAAAUCAGGAAGAAACAGAGAAGGAACAACUGCCGAAUCCUAUGUUGGCUGCUGUAGCAUCAGCUCUAGCAUUUUCGCUAGGAGCGAUAGUGCCUUUACUUGCUGCUUCUUUUGUAGAGGACCAUAAGGUGAGGUUGGGUAUGGUGGUAGCAGCGGUGAGUUUGGCGGUUGUGGUUUUCGGAUGGAUAGGGUCUAUACUUGGAGGAACUCCUAUGUUUAAGUCUUGUUUUAGGGUUUUGUUGGGAGGGUUGAUUGCUAUGGCCAUAACCUUUGGAUUAACAAAACUCAUUGGCUCUAGUGUGAUUUAGCGUCAAACAAUAUCGUUAGUCUUUUAUAUUACUGCGUGGUUAUGUAGUAAAAUGUCUCUUAUUUAUGUCAUAAAUGUAGGCAAGUUAUUGGGAUAUCUUAAUCUAUGUAACAAAGUGUGUUGUUCCUUUAAAUUAUAAUUAUAAAAUGGUUGUUCAUUGCGUACAAGCAUGCAGAA